CCUAGCAAGUCACGAAUGCUACUCGCUGAAAAACCAAGAGCUGCCAGUGUUGGCGAACUUAAUAAAAACGCCAACUACCUGCUGCGGUGUUAAAACCUAUUUUGAAAAGAGACAAAAGGUUCCAAGAUGUACAAGUUCUCUGGAAAGCCAACGUUUGAUGUUUAUGUGACAAACUUACCUGAUGACAUUGACGAGGAUUUGAUGAGACAAGAAUUUUCUGCAUGUGGCGUCGUUCAAUCGUGCACAGUCAAAGAUGGAAAGAACAACGCUGCCAAGUUUGGGUUUGUAAGGUACGCAAAAGAAGAGUCACAAGACCUGGCUGUCAGACAACUCAGCGGGAAAUAUCUGAACGGAAAAAACAUCUCAGUCAAGAAGGCCGACUACAACAAGAAAAAGAACACUACAGAAAACCCAAUGCAAAAUGGGGACACGAAACGUCAAAACAAAGGUGAUCUUCAAUCGAGUAGUCCCAGAAGUUUACAAGAAUCUUACCAAAGAGCAGCUCAAGAAUACGUAGAACAAGAGGUUCUUGUAACCUACGUGGUGGAUGCGUGUACAGUCUACGCACAGCUAGCCAAUAGGAACAUGGUGGAGACCAACGCCAGACUCAUGACUGAGAUCAAUCAGUAUUGUCCAAUGGCGCAACGAUUGACUGGUCUGCCUGUCCUUAGUACGGUGUAUGGAUCCCUUUUCUCUGAGGACGGUAUGUGGUACAGAUGUAAAGUGAUGCCAGCGUAUAUCUGUGAACAGGCUGAACAACAACCUACUAAGGUUGGCGUUCAUUAUUUGGAUUACGGCAACGACGAGAUGGUUGACUGGAACACGCUGGUAGAGCUACCGAUGUCUCUAGCAUCUCUACCACCUCAAGCCCAUCUUCUGCUCUUCAGGGGGAUCAAACCCACAGCAGAGAACAAUGAGGGAAACAGAAAGGCUGUGGAAUUUCUACAGGAAGUAACAGAGAAUAAGUCGGUCCGAGCUCGGUUCUAUUCUCCAAUGAUUUCCUCGUCUAGUUUCACAUCUGUAGAGAUCUUUGAUGGGACAUCCAGCCUGAAUGAUGCCCUUAUGCAACGUGGAUUUGCCACACUGGAGCCAAACAUCAAUUCGUCUGCUGCGAGUCCAAAUAAAACUGCAUCUAACCAAGGAUCAACAUUGCCUAAUAGAGCUCCUGGAUUGAUGCCCACACCGACACCAGCACCACAGCUGUUUCAAAUCAAACCGCCCCAAGCGGCACCAUCAACUAACUCCAGAUCGGGACCAGGAGGAGGGGCCGUGAAUGUCGACAAAUAUAACGCUGAUGUUCAAAAGUUAAAGGACAAGAUCAAACAUCUCGCUAUCGAGAAAGAGAUGUUGGAGAAAGAGCUGACGACCCAGAAACAAGAGAUGCAAUUGGAGUAUCGGUGCGUUAAGGAAACUGCAGCCAACACUGUAACGUGUCUUCUUAAAUUGGAUGAGAAGCUCAAGAGGGCUAUUCAAGACACUGUCGCUGAGCUUCAUGCCAGAGUGGCAAUUCUCAAACAAACGAGAAAACGAGUCGUGAUUGAUCCGAACUUAAGAGACCCUCUUGCGUUUGCCAUCGAGCUCUUGACAAACUCAACUAACGAGUUUGUGAGUCUGAGUGACGGAGUGAGCGAUCACGACGCCAACGAUGCCUGCCAGGACUUUCUUCGGUCGCAGAGAAAGUUUGAAGAACCUGAUGCAAAGGACCAUCUGGAUGAGCUCAUCAAAGCUAGAGAUACGUCACGGCAGACGGCUUAUCAGAAGAUGUCCGAUUUCUUAGAUACCGUGAAUCUACUUCCACUGACGGAGCAAAAGUCUCUGAUAAAGCAAUCUCUGGAUGAGUUGGAAGAGACCUAUCAAACUCGUUCUAACGGCGACACAAACUUGUCCUUAACAGGAUGUGGCGACGCGGACAGAGAACACAUUAAUGUAUGCAUUAAUUAUAAGCUGUGGAAGGAGAAGAAGAGCCAGCAGCUGAAAUCUGUUCGUGAGAACACGGACGCGAGAGCAGAAGAGUGGAGACGAGUUAUCCAAGCCAACAUGAUCAAUCAAUUCAAUCUGACCCCUGAUGAUGUCUCCACACUGCAAACCAGCGCCACUAUAGAUGAACUUGCUCGCACGUUGAAGGUUGCCAUAGAAACUGAGAUUGUCACCACCGGUCAGAGCGGUGAAGAUUUGUGUUGUGCCAGCCAGGAGUUACUGGAGAAAAACAAGGAGGAGUCCAAACAAGAAGCCGCUAUUUUAGAAAACACCGUCUGCGUCGUGAUGAUUCACCUACGAAAAGAGCUCAACGCAAUCCAUAAGCUCAUCCAUCUGCAAACCAGCUACACAGAGACUAAGUCUGAACAUGUGAAAUGGCUGACGGCAAAGCCGGACGUCUCUAAACUACUUGCCACUACGAAAGUCAUCAAGUCCCUGCGAUCGAAGCUUCGACACAAGCUGGCCUACAAACUGGACCUGGAGGAUGAGUCUGAAACGAGCGAUGAUGGAGAACUUCAAAAAAUAGAAGAGGAACUCGCCGAGAUACGCUUGACUUUACAGAAAGCAUACGUUAAUGAGGACGGGUUGAUGGUUGAGUUGGCCGACUUGAAACAUCGACAGUUUGGAGAGCUAUCCCAUCAGUAUCCCAAGUUUGAGAUUGAAUAUCAUUUGACCAAGCUAGGAGCAGUAAAGCUCGGACGUAGCAUUCAACACUUGGACCUGAAACCCUUACCAGGAUGUGACAAGAAGAUGAUACGUCUUGGCCAGUUUGACAACAAACCUGUCGUUAUUAAGUCUUUCUUCAUCUCGGAUGACGAGGCGCGUGAAGAAUUCCUGGUUGAGGGAUCUCUGACCUGGGCUUUCCGUCCGGAGGGCUUACUCCGUCUUGAUGCCAUCUACACCUUGCCCGCUACAGGAGAAGUACAUGUCCAGUUGCCGUAUCUUGAGAUGGGGUCACUGGAAGCGGCCAUCGCUAAACAGGAUUGUUAUGCUUCAAAGCCACUCACAGAAGAUGAGUUGAAUUGUAUCUUCCGUCAGGUGCUUCAAGGCUUGAAUCACAUGCAUGAAAUAUCCGUCAUCCAUGGGGCAGUUCAUCCACGGAAUGUUCUCUUAACGAGCCGCAACUCUGCCGUCCUAGCCGAGUGUGACUACUCCAAGACGCCUACUCAGCGAGCUCAACAAGGGUACAUGUCUAGAAACGGACUCGCCUUCACAGCGCCUGAGAUCAGCAAUGGUGUUGAGGCUUCUAUGGAGUCCGAUAUGUACUCAUUUGGAAUUCUACUUCUGUGGGCACACUAUCCUGACACUAAGUUCUCCAGCCUCCUGAAUGGUACGCCUGAUCUUUCAGUCGUCGACAUAAGACCAUCCGUCAAGGAAAGUGUGACAUCUCUUCUGAAGUCUACUCCAGCGACGCGCCCAUCUUCGGACGUACUCCGAUCUAAGUACUACUUCCAGUAUGCAACCUCUGACGAAGGAAGUGAUUCUGCAUCACAAGAGGACCACGUGGAGGAGGAACAGGGGAAGGAGGUUCACGCGGAGGAUCGGCAAGAGGUGGAUCAGGGGGAGGAGGUUGAACUAAAGGAUGGGCCCAAGGAAGAAGCUGCCGUUGAAGAGAAAGAUGAGCCUGAAGUUGUAGCGGAAAUCCAGGAGGAAGAUGUUGCGAAGGAAGAGCCGAAAGAAGACGAGGAGGUUCAACUUCAGCUUGCUGAUGAGGACAGAGUUGAGAUAAAUGACGUGGAGAGAAAUGGCGUCCAAGAAGAAACUGUGGAGAUAAAAACGGUCGUUGACGAAGCGGUGGAUGGUGAGAAGACAGCGGUAGAGAAAGAACCCGAUAGCGAGGAGCGAACCCAACAAGUGACGACUGAAGCAAGCCCUUCAUCGGGAUCCAUCCUCUUAAAGAAGAUGGCCAUCGCCAUGGCAAACAGUGAAGAGAAUGCAUCUCCAAAGAAGCCAGAUGGAUCUGAGAUAUGACCACACCCUAUCAUCUUGGACUCAGUGGUUGGCCACACCUGAACAUCUUGGACUCAGUGGUUGGCCACACCCGAUCAUCUUGAACUCAGUGGUUGGCCACACCCGAUCAUCUUGGACCUGCACUCAGUGGUUGGCCAUCUUGGACUCCCUGGUUGGGUUUAGCAUUCAGGUUUGAUUAGGGGACGUUCACAAUUAUUACAAUUUUCAUAAGCAUACAAACCAUUUGCUGGGAGAGAGGGGGUUUAUGCAUACUGCCGUUCGCUUUUGUUUUCAAACGAAAAGGUUGAAUUAUUGAAACUUAAUACAUGUAGCUUCAUGGCCUUUUUGUUUUUGCACCGUUAGAUAAGACGCAGUGUUUUUGUUCCGUUUGACCUCGGAUAAGUCGGAUAAGCUGAAAUUCGAGUAAGCUGGGUCUUGAAAGCAGGAAAUUAUGGUAUUAUGUAUUUUGUUUAAGAUGAACAGUCUCAUAUUAUUUCUUAUAUCUGUGCUUGAAAUAACAGGGUUUGCAUGCAAUGGACAUUAUCUCUAUAUUGAAUUGUGUAAACAAAACUCUUCAAACACUUUUGGGGGAGGGAAGGUUUUUUUUUUUAAAGUGUAUUGUUUGUACGCUUGAGAAAAUAUUGAUAACUAUGAGCGUCCCCUUAACAAAAUGUAUCCAAAGUCAUUCAUUUGUGUCUUUAUCACCAAAAUGUUUAUUUCACAUUUUUCUCAAAGCCAAAGAUAUUAUUGCCAAUUUCCAACAAUUGUUUGAAUAGAAAUAUUAGUGUGCCAAUUUGAGCAUUUUUGGGGUUGAAAUUGUGCACCAAUGACUUUUCUGACUAUUAACAGUUCCACGUUGCAAAAACUAUGCAGCUAAAUUUCUAGUUACAUUUUUUAUAUUUUAAGGGAUGUGUUUUUUUGCAGGUUUUUUUUCUUUCAUGUUUGUAUUCCAAGUCGCCAUUAGCAAGUUGCCGGGUGUAUAAUAUUUUAAUCACAGUUAUUAAAAAAAGUAUAUGUAUUUCAAAAUGUUACCGGAUUUUUAAAAAGUAGAAGUAGAUCUUUGAUGUUGUCUUUAUUGAACAAAAACAAACAAUAAAGGCCUGUUGUUUUUAAGGCUGGCCAUGUUGGUGCUAUUUUUUUCUAACCUUUUUGUUGUUCCAUAUGUAUGUAAUCUUAAUGAAAGAAUCAGGUUUUAAACCACAAGGGAAACUGACUGAGUAAUUUUAUAAUAAUUUGGGGUUGAUCAGAGAAAAAUGUAUAUAAAAGUCACAUUCCGUUAAGGUGAUCCCCUGGCUGCCUCUUCCCAGGUUGUAUUUGGGUGUGAUCCCUGGCUACGCGACAGUUAAUUGUUGUAUGGCUUCUGACUGGCACCCACGAACAAAGAUAGGGAGAUUGCCAACAAAGGACUAGAUAGCUCAGUUUGUAGAGUGCUGGCACGUCAAAGCAGAUGCCACUGGUUCAAGUGCUGCCGUAAUGCUUUAUAUAAAUAGAAGAAAACAAGGUCAAAGUAUUGUACAGGAUUGGUAUGGUAGGGAUGAAAAAGUCUUCGUUCAAUUUUAAUCUGAAAGCUUAUAUUAAUGAUUAAUCAGCCUUUGAGAAAGACUCUGGAAGGGUCGAAGCGUCAGGACAUUGACUCUGGAAGGGUCGAAGCGUCAAGACAUUAACUUUUGUUUGCCUUUAUACCUUUUGGUGGGUCAGCCUCUUGCAACAGCUUUCUCUGUUUUCUGAUAAAGAAGUUCAUACAUUUUUUUCUGUGAAAUAUUCCCUUUUGAUUUUUUUUUUUUUUUUUUUUUUUAGGAAACUAUCUGAAAUCCUUUAAAAAUCACAAGACACAGCUGAUUUCGGUUGCUACACAAACAAAGGACAACGUGUUAAAAUGCUGAAAAUUAAGCCGGGUUUCUCACUAUUUUCUUACUCACGCAUCGGUUAAGCCCAAAAUUUCACAGGCUUAUUAUUUCAUGUAUUAGUAAUGGUAUUGGUUUAUUUCCAUUUCUGGUCACUGCCUAUAUUUAAUAGCUGAAAUGUUACAAUGGUUUACAAAAACAUUAAAUGAUACAAAUGGUACAAAAGAUACAUACUAAACAAUAAACAAUGCAAACAAUUACUAAAUAGAGAAGGUAAUUGAUAUACGGUUUAUCACAUAAAACAUAAACACUCUCUCCCCACUUGUUAUGUCAGCUCUACCAAUCCUCUAUAAUACCUUUAGAGUAAUUUGUAGAUCAGUACUUCACAUCUCCACCGUAUUGCCCGGUAUCCGCAAGCCCUGACAAUCUUUUUGAAAUCAAACAUUUGACAUUUGAAUGUGUGUUUACGCCAAAUAUUUAAAGCAAAGUCCAUGCAGUGCCAACAACACGCAACCUGGUUUUUGUAUAUUCACCUGGUCAGAAAUGUGUUAUUCUAGAGUGCGUUUUCUUUUAGCGAGAUAACUGUCAUCCAAACAGCUUGCUUCUGGUAAAGUCAACAUAAAUUCUUUGAAACGUAUUCUAUGCUUUGGUUCAACAUUCAGAUAGAAUAGACAACAGUUUUGUGUUUUGUCUGUGCUGGGAAGUUAUAAUAAUAAAGUCAAUGUCAUUACCACAUGCCCAGUUGUUUGUGUACGCCCACAGAAUAGCUUUUUAGUUUACAUGAAACCAAUGGGGUUUUUUUUUGAGACAAAACACAUUUCAAGUUGUCGUAUUCGUAAACUUUCUCCUCCAUGAUAUUCAGUGAAGAUUUCAGCUAUUUUUGAACUGAUGACAUUUUGAUGAUAAUACUACAGUGGCCCUGAAGGGACAUUAAAACGCAUAAAUGUAUGAUGUGCUUUUAUGCGACGGUCUUUCAGGGCCACCGUACACUACCAAACUUGCCACGAACGAAGUAGUUAACUUUUGAUCAAAUAAUUUACGAGAAAGUAAAAGUGGAAAAUAAUAUAAUUUUGUUUUCAGCACCGAUGAAGAAACAGUUGCCUUUAAAUUUUUUAUCUUUUACUAAUUGUUACAUUUUGU